AUGCCACCUUCUGUAUACAAUUCCACUUCUGUGCUCAGUAACGAUAGUCACUCUUCGGACCAGAUCUCCAGCAGAGAUUUGGAAGAUCUUGUAAUCUCGAGGGUGAAUACACCAUCCUAUCCCACGAAUCAGUCAAUGGAGCAGGAGGAUGAGGAGUUUGUACCGGAAACAUCCGAAUGGAACGAGCUUCUGGACGCUCUUCAAGUUGAAAGGAGGAGAGUGACAAUGUUUCACUCGAUGAGCCCGAUCGAAAGAUUCCUGUCAGGUGAGAGAGUUGAAGAUUGUUCGGUAGAGUUGCGAGUCUGGGGGGCUGAAGAGCACCCUAAACAAUAA